UAAAAAUAAAAACCGGGUGCCUCUUCUCUCUUCUCUUCUAGACGAACCCUGCGACGACGAAGCAAUUCCUCGGAACGGUCAUCGGCGCCGUUCAACCGGUUACGAUUGUCGAGUGUUCUUCUGUGUUCUCAAGAUGGAUGUUGGAAGACAAAAACAUAUGCGCGAUGAUCAAACAAGCAAUUGCUGGAGCUAUGGAAGCAUUAAUCACCCAGCAAGCCAAUCUAGGAAGAUGUCAAUUGGAGUUGUUGUAGACUCAAUAGCCAAGAAGAAGUCUAAAUGUGCAAAGGAAAGAGAGUUUAUGGGACCAAAUGCAGAAGAAGGAAAUGCUAACGUAUCAAAUACCAUACAGGGAAAGUUCAACAACGAAGAAGUUACACCUGCCAAAACAACAACAGAAACUAGAACUCCAGAGCAGGUGGGGUCCCCAUGGAUCAGUACUAGACCCUUCCAGAAGGACAUACCAAUUUCAGAUGCUGUGGUUCAUGCCAAGCAAGCCUCUAAUAUAUCAUCUUCUGGCAAGAGGCAGUACAAACUUGAUGGAGCCAGGAACACAACACUUAAAUACUCACUUGAUUUUUUCACAAACAAGACCUCGAUUCUACAGUCUGGUGAUAACAAGCACAAGAAGUUCAGUGGAGUUACCGAGAAAAAGAGGGAACUGAAUGAUGGGAAUGAGGAGGAAGUUCAGGAUUUCACAUUUGCAAAUGUGCAGGAAGUUGUUAUGCAGGAUAAGGAGGUGCUAGUGGACAAAACAGAUGCCCAAGAAAACACAAGAACUGGAACUCUCAGAAUGAAGCUUUGGAAUAUAUUGGGAGCUGCUGCUUCACCUAACGAUCAGCACCCCAAAUCUCAGGAACCUGAGGUUGGUCGUGAUAAUUUAAUUCCUCAAUCAGAAGUUGAUCAGAUGGCUGAUCUCGUCAAUAGGACAAAGAACUCUGAUGAACCAGCGGACAAGUAUAUGGAAAAAGGUGACGCCUUCAUCAAACAUAGGCAAAAUUCUGAUACUAUUGAAACAGACUCUGAAAGUCCCAACAACACUGUCAGGAGACCUGUCACUCGAUCUUUAAUUCGAAAGAGAGCCCAAGCCAAAGUAGGGAGGACAACUACAAAGCCUGCCCCAUCUUCUGGUUACAAACGGAAACAGCGAGAUAAUGUAUAUUCUUUUGAACAAGAAUUCUAUGAGGCAUUACAGGAUUCUGCUGGCAAAUCUUCAAAAUUUCAGAAGAAGAGAGAGAAUACAGGUUUCAGAACUGAGACUCAUGAGGUCUGCCUUCCUGAAAAGGAUAAUCCAACUAAGAUUCAGCAAGCGAUUUAUAGGAGGGGGAAACGACCAUCAGCUAAGAAAGCUUGUUCUGGAGGUACCAAAAUGGGAGAUUUUCAAGGUUGUCUACCUGACGGUGAAAAUGAGUUUCCUGAACAGGAGAAAACUGUCCCAGAGAAAGAAUUUGACUCCUCACCACUGAUUAGCAAGAAAUUUGGGGAUUGUGACAAGUCAGAGAGUAAGAACCACCAGCAAGGUAGUGAAAAUCCAAGCUCUAAGAAUCCUGUUAAUUCAGAAAAUAAUUUUGUAAGUCCAACAUUUGGAAUUAGAGGACCUGUGUCAAUUUCUUCACCUAGCUCAAUCCCAAAAUCAGACCAAAGGGCAGAUUGUAGUAGUCCAGCACGAAUGGAGAGGCGAUUUGAUAUGGGAGAUAUUCGCGGCUUCAGAUCUUUCUCGACUUCGAAACAAGAUUUUUCUGAAAACGGUCAAACACAAUCAUCUGAUGCCGCUGCGGAGAUCAGGGAUUCCCCACUGAUGAAAACAGCACCUGAGAUGGAGAAAAAUGAUGCAGAAUCUGGUCUAUCUUUAUCAUCAUCAGAAGAGAGGGACUUAGAGACUUUUGAAGAAGGUUCUCCUGUUAUGCGAGGACAUAAAUGGACUGUAGAAGAUAAUUGCAUGGAGGAACCUUCAGACCCUAAUGAAGUGGACGGAUUGGCUAGGGCUGUUGAACUAUUUGCUUUGGGACUAGAAAAAUUAAAAACCAAAAUGAAGACGGCAACUACAAGGAAAUCCUCUGAAAUCUUGACAUCUGUUGCUGCAGAGGUUCAGUUGCGGCUGCAGAAUGUAGAGUCUCAGAUUCAAACAGACAUGGGAAAGCUUACAAACCUUAGCAAAUCAAAGAGAAAAAAGCUUGAAACAAGGUUUGAGGAGCAACAAGGACAACUGAAAGUGAUCUGUGACAAGUUCAAGGAACAGAUCAAUCAGCAUCUUCAGGAUUGCAAAAGUACAUUUGAAGGUCUGGAUGUGUACCAGACAGAGUUCAAAGGAACCGUGGAAAAGCAAAAAGCAUCACACCGUAAGCUUGUCUCACAAGUGGAAGAAGCAAUUGAGAACCAACUGAACGAUGCCCAAAAAAGAAUCAAAGUCAUGAAUGAGACGAGACGUGGACAGAUGCUCCAGUUAAAGCGCCAACUAGCUUCCUGUUUGAGAGAGGGAAUUCUAAGUUGAUGAGUGUGAUGUGUACAGCUGCAGUGGGAAACAAAUAGUAUUUGGCUUAUGGGUAACGACAGUUUUGGGUGAUUUGCAUCUCGCAAUUUACAUUUCUGUUUAGAAAUAUACCAGCAUUUCUCUAUUUCGUAUGACAUAGGUUAUUAAUUUGUAAACACGUACAGAAUUUUCUCUUGAUGAUUCGAUCUUUUGGUCAUUACUUCACAAUAUGAUUUGUGUUAGGUGAAGAAUGAUAUUUCGAUAUGGUAUAAGAUUCACACUU